AUGUUUCCAACCAAGCGAACUGAGCAUUCAGAUGAGAGAUGGAACUCUGAGACAGCCCGAAGAGUUAGUACAGGAAGUUUCUCACCCACACUUGAGACAAAAGAUGUAAACCCACCUGAAGUCCAAAGAAUGAUCAUUGAGCACAUUGUAAAAAGUGAGGGAGCUUCGAACUCUAGUGCGUCAUUCAGGCUAAGAGUGUUCUCAGGCAAAGUUCCCAGACCGAUUAGUGAAGUUGAUUAUGAUACCUGGCGGAACAGCCUAGAGUUAAUUCUCCAAGAUCCUUCUCUGUCUGACUUAUAUCGUUCCAGGAAGAUCUUAGACAGCCUGCUCCCGCCAGCGUCGGAGAUUGUCAAGCAGUUAGGUGCAAAAGCCUUACCUGCUGCUUACCUUGAUGUUCUUGAUAGUGCUUUUGACACCGUAGAAGAUGGUGACGACCUCUUUGCUAAGUUUUUGAACACGCUGCAAAAUGCAGGGGAAAAACCUUCCUUGUACUUACAACGAUUGUACACCAACCUUCUCAAAGUGAUGAAAAGAGGCGGUAUUCCUGUCCAUGAAGCUGACCGACAGCUCCUGAAACAAUUCUGUCGAGGCUGUUGGGAUGAGACUCUAAUAACUAACCUUCAGCUUGAACAAAAAAGGAACAAACCACCUGCUUUCCCUGAGCUACUUUUGCAAUUGAGAAGUGAAGAAAACAAGUACUUCACAAAAGAAAGUCGCAUGAAGCAGCACUUAGGAGUACAGAGACAGAAAGCUAGUUCUCAUGUCGUCACUGCUAAUCCUCUUGAUCUUAACCACAAUGAAGUUUCAGAACAUACAGAAGUGGCCGAAUUAAAGAAACAAAUCGCUAAACUUCAGAGCCAGCUUUCUAAGCAGAGGAGCGUAUCGACAAGACAAAGUGAAUUGCCGUCAAAUGAUGCUGUUCUUGAGCUAAAGCAACAAGUCACAGAACUCCAGAGUCAGAUGACCAAGCUCAGAAUACAUAAAAACUCAGAGCCAAAGAGCAAUUUAAGCAAAUCAAAGCAAGGAAACACACAAGUUCGCAAAGACCCUCCUACAGCUGACCAUAAGCAACCUCACAGGCCUAAACCAGGCUAUUGCUUUCGAUGUGGCGAGGAUGGACAUGUUGUUUCAAUUUGUGAGAAUGAUCCAAACCCAUCCCUUGUUAAUGAUAAGAGAAGGCAGUUAAAAGAACGUCAAGUCCAAUGGGAUAGUCAGUAUGGUCCAAGUGCCUCAGAAACUUUAAACACCACCCAGCUUUUGUAG